AUGACGACCCCCAUUGACGAGAAGGCCGAGGUCCGCUACUACCAUCCUCACGCCUCCGACGAGGAGGACCACACCGUCAUUGGCGACGAUUCCACCCGCAACAACUCGGACCAGGACAACCACUAUGUCGACCCGCUCGACACCACCCACCUGCCCGUCGACAACAACUCGGCCUUCCUGCGCGCCCCGAGCGGCCUGGCCUCGCCCUCGGCCUCGCGCGAGCAGGCCAGCCGCCUGGACGAUGACCUGCAGAUGCUGCAGAUCGAGCGCCAGAUCUCCGCCGUCGAGGAGGCCCGGAGCACUGACGGCCGCUCCAUCCACCGCUCCCGCUCGCGUCACCAGGAGCCCGUCGACGAGUUCGAUGCUGCGACCGAACCCAUCCACGCCCAGGCCUCCAUGUACAAGCCCCCAGAGAACCCGACCACCACCUUCGCCAAGUUCUUCAAGAAGGUCCACAAUUCGAGCUGGGUGAUUCGCUACCUCACCUACAUCGUUCCCGUCGUGUGCAUCAUCCUCAUCCCCCUUCUCCUCGGCGCUCUCGUCUUCACCCACACCGCCGUUGGCGGCGUCGAGCUCGUUUGGUUCUGCAUCUGGCUUGAGAUUGUCUGGUUGACCCUAUGGGCCGGCAGAGUCCUUGCCAAGUGCCUCCCGUGGCCCAUUGGACUCGCUGCCAGUCUGUUCACCAACAACGGAAAGAAGUGGCGUGACAUGGGCAAGCAGCUCGAGCUUCCGGCAACCCUGUUCUUCUGGUGGCUGGCCAUUAUUAUUUCCUUCUAUCCGACCAUGACUUAUCACCACACGGACGGCACCAGAGGCGUCAAGGGCUGGGAGAAAACCAUGUACAAGGUCCUGGUGUCCACCUUCAUCGGCUUCACUCUCAACUUCGUCGAGAAGAUCGUCAUCCAGCUCAUUGCCAUCAGCUUCCAUUUGCGCACCUACCAGGACCGGAUCGAGCUGAACAAGUUCCAGAUCGGAAGCUUGGUCAAGCUCUACACCUUCUCCAGGGACAAGCUUACCAUGGAAGAUUCCGAGUUCGAGCAGCGCGAAGCCGGUCUUGGCUCAGGGGCUCGCACGCCCGGCAUGUUUGUCAAAGAGGCACAAAAGAACACAAAGCAGGCCAUUACCAAAUUCGGAGAUGUUGCUGGAAAGAUUGCGGCUGAUUUCACCGGACGUGCGACGCAGCGGAGCAACCACCCCCACCAGGUCGUUCUGGCGUUGCUCGGCACCACCAGCGGCAGCCAGGUUCUCGCCCGUCGUCUGUACCGCACCUUCUCACGUGAAGACACGGAAACGGUCCACCCCGAUGAUCUCAGCAGCGCUUUCGACAACGAAGACGAGGCCAAUGCUGCCUUCUCCAUGUUCGACAAGGACAUGAACGGCGACAUCUCCAUGGAAGAGCUCGAGGCUGUUUGCGUCGAGAUUGGCCGUGAGCGCAAGGCCAUCACUGCUUCCCUCAAGGACCUCGACUCUGUCAUUUCCAAGCUCGACGAUGUGCUGAUGUUCAUCGUCGCCGUCAUCACUAUCCUGGUCUUCAUCUCCCUCAUCUCCUCCUCCGCCAGCAGUGUCAUUACCAACGCUGGCUCCGCCGUUCUGGCUUUGUCCUGGCUCUUUUCCGCCACGGCUCAGGAAUUCCUGCAGUCCAUCGUCUUCGUCUUCGUCAAGCACCCGUUCGACGUUGGCGACCGUGUGAGCGUCUACGGCAACACUGGUGCCACUGGUCUGGGCGAUGACUAUUUCGUCAAGGAAAUCGCCCUGCUGUACACCGAGUUCAAGAAGAUGGAAGGCCACGUCGUCCAGGCACCCAACAGCUACUUGAACAGCCUGUUCAUCCUCAACCAAAGGCGUUCUGGCGGCUUGGCAGAGGCUGUCCCUAUCAUCAUCAAGUUCGGUACCACGCUCGAACAGAUCGAAAUGCUCCGCACGAGGUUGUUGGAAUUCGUGCGUUCGGAGAAGCGUGAAUACCAAGGCAACAUCCUCACCGAACUGCGCGAAGUCAGUGAAGCACACUCGCUCACGCUCAACGUCGUCUUCUUCUACAAAUCGAACUGGCAGAACGAGCUGCUGCGUCUUCAGCGCCGCAACAAGUUCAUUUGCGCCAUGAUGGUGUGCAUGCAGGAUCUCGGCAUCGAAGGUCCCCGCAUGCGCUUCCCUGGCCAGAAGGAGUCCUUCCCGGUCUACCUCCAGCAGAUUCCUCACCUUGCUACUCCUGGCACGGGCCACGGUGGCAACCCGGACAACCCGGCCGGCCUCAUGGAGCGCCCCGGCACUGGCAGGAGCAACGCAUCUGGUGGCCAGGAUCCUCCCUUCGUCUCUCCCGAGUCUCCCACUAGUGCACAAGCACGCCAGCCUUCACAUUCGAUUCUCCGCUCUGGCAGGCCCCGUGGUGAAUCUCUUGCGGCUAUGGGCAGGCGUGUCGAUUUCUCGCUGGGCAUGAAGGACAUUUCAUCGGGCGACUUGACAGGAGACAUUUUCGACGAAAGGAAGCCCAUACUUCCGAUGAGAGUCACGUCGCCUGGCGACUCUCACCGUGGAUCACAAGACUCCCGUCCUCGGCCAUCGCACGACACGGGUCGAUCGACAGGACACGACUCGGACCUCGCCCGAAUCCCAACGGACAGUUCGGCGGCACGCAGCCGCACCAGCCACCGUAACCGUUUCUUCUCGCGUGGGAAGGGACCGGCGGAUCUGGAAGGCGGUCUCUCCAUGCAAGACAUUCCUGAGACAACGGAACGCAUUGAUCCACGCAGCGGGACCAUCAGCCCCGCAGCAUGGCGGGCGAGCCAUGAAGAGAGCCGGACACCUACGGCGUCUGGCGCCCUGGAUGGGGCGGAAGAACGCUUUGUGCCUCCCCGCAGGAGUAUGACCGAGAACAUCGGCUACAAGCACAAGUAA